AUGGCAGGACCAAAUGCAACCGGCGUAGUUGUGUCCGCGGGCAAGAUGAUGAAGACUGUCAAGGUCCGCAUCGCCCAGCAGAAUUGGAACAAUCACAUCCGCAAGUUCUUCUCCAAACCAACGCACUAUCUCGUCCGCGACCCCAACAACUCGACCCGGGAAGGCGACAUUGUGCGCAUCGCCGCGGGAUUCCGCGUGUCGAAACAAGUCCGGCACGUCGUGACCGCCAUCAUCGCUCCCUUUGGCGACACGCUCAGGUCUCGGCCGCACGUGCCCUCUGAAGCCAAGCGCCAGAGACAACUCGAAGCCAAGCGCCACGCGAAACUGGCUCGGCGAGCUGAACGCCGGCGCUUGUCCGCGUCGACGCCCAAUGAAGUGAACACGCCCGGCUGGACGUACACGCCUGAUGCCUCAUCGGGUCCCUCUGAGAGCAAGAUCCUCGAGGCCCUCGAGGCCGCAGAAGCAAAAGCACAAGCGGAGAGCAUCACGAGUCCGUACGCCUCCGAGGGAACCACUGCGUCUGGCGCACCCGGCGCGAUCGCCUCGGGCGCGCGAGGCCCGCAGGAGAAAUCCCAAGUCCAGCGACGCCGAGACCAGAGUCUGAACCGCGAUGCGGAUAAGGCGAUGCGUAACCAGGAAGACCUUGAGCGCAUUUCAUAG